UAUACACUAAGCUAGAAGGGAGCCAGUCGUACACAACAUUUCACCUCGAGACACAGCACAAACACAUAAUGGCAGCGGCAAUCGGAAUUCUCAUAAUGGUUGCAGUAAGGAUCUCAAAGGUCAACACUCACGUCUGUACUUUCCAUGACCAAUAUGGCGAACUGUUUGUUGACUGUAGAGGGAGACAACUCCAGCAAGUUCCUGACGACCUCCCACGGAAUAUUACCUCUCUUGACAUCAGUGACAAUCAGAUAACAGUUCUGAGAAAUAUGACAUUUCAAAACUUAAACUGUCUUACGCACAUAAACCUGAACAAUAACUUACUUAUCACUAUGGAGCCUGAUGCCUUGGUGGGGAUAUUCAGUCUGACCACUCUGCUUCUUGCUAGUAACAAACUCUCACAGCACAACAACUGCUUACCCGAAGGACUUUUCCGAGACCUUGGGAAUUUGCAUACACUCAAUCUUGAGAAUAAUAAGAUGAAAGCAUAUCCAGAUUUGGUGUUAGCUCCCCUCACCAAGCUCCACAGCCUGUACAUUGACCCCGUUCCAGAUGCUGUCUUUGGGUCUGGAUUCUCCAAACUGACAAAUCUCAAAGUUCUCAAGAUGGAUGGUGGUCAUUGUUCAUUAGAAAAAUUAACAAAUGAAACGUUUCAAAGUUUAAAUGAAACUAAACUUGAGGUACUCCUUCUAAAUCACUGUCACCAUUUAACGUUGUGUGAGAGUGGUGUUCUUGAACCGUUGCCCUUCCUCAAACAUCUGGAACUAACCAACAAUGCCAUCGGUAUCCAAAAGGUUUUACAUCUUCUUUAUCCUCUUGUUGGAAGGAUCAUGACUAGAAUAUGGUUGAACAACACAUUUAAAACCCCUGCUCGCUUAAAGGAAGAUGUAGAUGACCGUAUCCUAACAGAACACAGCACACGCUUUUUGACUCAGAUAUGUGUUUUAGAGUUGUCCUUGAAAGGUAACCGGAUAUGUUUAAUUGAAACAGGUUCUUUAAACAAGUCACCCAUCCGUGAAUGUUUGGAAGUGUUUGAUCUCUCAGAAAACCGUCUCAUUGGAGAUGCACGUUUUGUGUUAUUCGUUGCGGUGUUCUCACAAAUGAGAUACCUGGACUUAAGUCAUCAACAUCAUACAUAUGACGGAACUUUAGGCAGAUGGGAAGGAGCAGAAGGGAGGAAAAAGGGGAACCUCACACUGAUGCUACCCCCAAAACUCCAUUAUUUUGAUGCAACAGAAACAUUCAUGUUGGCAGAUACGUAUGAUGAAAUCACGUUUACAAAUACAAAAAAUCUUGACACAUUGCUUUUUGGAUACAACCAAGAACAUGAUCGUGCUCGUGUGAAAGGGUUGGAGAAUGUAAGUCACGUUGACUUAUCUGGAAACAAACUUGGCAAUGUAACUGGAGACUUUUUUAAGUCAUUUUCAAACGUCAAAACGUUAUCUUUGAAAGAUUGCAACUUACAAUUUGCCAAUGAUGUGCUAAGAGCUCGAAAUAUAUUUGGUGCUCUUAAAUUAGUGGUAUAUUUGGAUCUUUCGUUGAAUGGUCUCCAAUUAUUCCCAUUCAUCCUAAAUCAAAAUAGAAUCAAAUAUCUUCAUCUUUCGCAAAACAAAUUUGAUACCAUUCCGAUUGUGACAACUACUUUUCCAAGUCUUACGCUUCUGAACAUGUCAUAUAAUAUGAUAGGACAUUUGGAUAAGUAUACACAAUCUGACUUGGAUUCCUCAGCCGAAAGAAACCGUCUAAAAGUCAUAGUUACAGGCAACACAUUUUCUUGUGGCUGUGAAAAUCUGGACUUCAUCCUGUGGUUGAUAGACUCACCAGUAAUUUAUGAGUCUGAUAGGAAUUUCCCUUGUUUUCAGGACAAUGGACAAAUGACAAGAACUGUUGAGGUUGUCAGGAAUUACAUCAGUAUCCACCGUCACUGUACUGGUAUAUGGAUGUUCACUCUCACAGUCCCAUGUUUGACUGUCUUCCUGACGUCUAUUGUAACUGUAUACCUUAUCUCCAAGAAUCCAACAAGAUUCAAAAACAUACUCAUGGGAAUACUUGGGUUUGGCGUCAAGUAUCUUACUCGAAAAGACUUUUCUUUCACACUCUACAUUGGAUAUUGUGAAGCUGAUAUUCCUUUUGUUUAUCGGAAACUUCGGCCUGCAUUAGAGCUUUGUAAUCACCCAGUGCGUCUCUUCUUAAAAGAUCGUGAAGUACUUCCGGGUCAUGACAUUGCUGACGGAAUUAUAGAAGGUAUUAACAAAAGUUGGAAGACUGUUCUUGUUGUAUCACAUGAUUUCCUUGAAGACCCCUCUGCCUGGUCACAUUUCACCAUCAAUGCAGCAAUAUACUCCAUGAAUGCCCUCAUUCCUAACCGGAUAUUGAUCUUACUGGUGGGUGACAUUGAAGCAGGGGACCUUCCCCAGUGUCUGUUGAACAUGGUUGAGGAGGAAUUUAUAAUACACGUGGACGAGUACCCUGAAGAUCAGACAGCGUUGUGGAAACAUCUGAGAGAGAUUGCAAAUUUGAAACAAUAAUGGCUUAAUAAGUGGUAUGAUAAUCGGUUACUAGGCUGGUUAAAAGUGAUGCAAUGUCUUUUUUCAUUCGUGUUACCAUAUACUGAUCAUGAUCUCUGAAGGUAUUUACUUUAGUACCUUACGUCCAGGAGGCCUGUUGUGAACCACUGCCGGGGAUUCAUCUUGGAGUGGAUGUACAUUACAUACAGGUAUUUUCUGUAUGAAAAUUCUGUAUGUCACAUCCCAGAACCGUCUAUUGUAUUCGUCUCCAGAUGUUUAGGAAGCUUUUUAUGAACCACUGCCAGGGAUUAAUUCUGAAGUGGAUAUAUAUUACGUGCAUGUUGUACAAAGAAUCAUUGCAGUGUUUUGUAAGUGAAUACAAUGUGUUUUGCUGAAGUAAACAUGUGUUUUAUUCACAUUAAAUUAAUCACGGUUUCACAUAUUCCUUCACAACCCAAACUAUAGUAAAACAUAUUUAUGUCAUAUGAUUUGAACUGUAACCAAUGCAUGUCUACAAUUGUAAGUCCCCAGAAAACUGUGCAUGGAGAACGAGGCGAUUGAAUGGAUCAGGUGGUCAGACUCGGUUGAUUGAUAUGAACUACAUAGAUAUGGAACAGAAAACCCAUUUUGAUGAAGCUUGGCCAAUCUGACCAAUGACUAGAAAUAUAUGAGUAUAUUUUCAGCGCUUCAAGAUUUACUGUUUUCGUUGAACUGACAACUGUAGACCCACAAAACAUUUUCAGAAUAUCAACUAAAACGAUUGUGUUGGGGGUAUUAUUAUUGUUUUCAAACAUUAUCGGGAAGAUAUUAAUUUUGUCUCUAUUGGUUCUACGAUUACCUCCAUGACACAGAGGCUGUGCAGGUGAUCAGGAUAUGUAAAAUAAUAUUAGAUGUCAUCGCCAGAGAAUAACCAAUUAUCAGCUGAAACAGAUUCCAUGUUGGUUGUGGUGUGUUUGAUUUGAUUAUUGAGGAUAUUGAUGAUUUUAUGUCAUCGCUAAGACGCUUUUGUUAAAUCUAAAUGGUGUGAUCACUUCUGACAUGAUCAUCAUAACGUAACUCAAAUCACAUGAGUUUGUGAGUGAAUAUUGUUUUACAUAUGGCUAAUUACUUUGUGUAAUUAAGACACAAAGUCAUCAAGUUCACUCCUUACAACAAGCUGACAUUAGUUAACUAUUAUGACAGUGGCGUUGGGGUAGCCUAGCGAUUACAGCGUUUGCUUAUCCUUUGGGUUCGAUUCCCCACAAACAUACAAUAUCCAUUUUUGGUGUUCCACGAUGAGAUAAUUCUGGAAUAAUGUUAUAAUCAGCGUAAAACCACAAUCGCUCACUCUUAUGACCAGAUUGAGAUUAUAGUGUCCUUCGAUGCCGCGGAAUCCGCACAAUGGCGCUUGCCAGAUUGGAAAGGAGGAAAGAAAUUAAUUGUUGGCCUGUUUCUAAGCUCAGGGCAAUAUUGAAUGACCGCUUCAUCCACUUUCCGUCAAAUGAUAAUACCAUCGUUGUGUGUCACAAGCUGUCAUGAAACAGCGUAAAACUCAACAUGUACUCAACUUGACAAUGAAUGUAUGCUGAGUUGAGGAUGUCACUCUCAGAAAAUAUUUCAGUGUAGAAUUAUACAUGAACCAUUAGGAACCGCAUACAAAUCAUAUACAUGCAUAAAAAGUUGGGUAAGUAAAUUUAAAGUUUAAAGCAUUUUUGUUUGUGCAGUCAAUCUAUGAUGAAAUGUAUAUGACCUAUUGAA